CUCAAAAUUCUGCUUCAAUGUAGCUCGACUAGUGCGGGCCCACGCUCGACGCCAUCACAUCCUCCCUGAUCAGCAGCGCGCCGCGGCCCGACAUGUCGUCGGCUCGGCCAAUCUCCAAUAAGCGGUCGAUCCAAGCCUCGGGCGUCGUCAGCGAAGGGGCUUUGACGAGUGGAAGUCGGCCCCGGCAGUCGGCGACGACCUCGACCGCGCGCCAGGCCGGCUCAUCGCUUGCGUCGGCCAGCAGCGGCGCCCCCUUGCGCGCUGCCGCCAAGAAAGUCGGAGGCAGGCGGCAGCGGCUCGCGCGUCCACCAGCUGCGCGUCACGGCCCUACGCUUCAGCCUCGCAACCUGGUCGAGAGCAGGGACUCGCCCGCCGCGCUGCAGACCUACAAGGCCGAGGUCGCGGAGUUCGAGGCCUGGGCAGCUGGCGGGGGCCGCGGCCUCCACGCGCCAGGGGCGGCAGAUUCUGCGACGUCGGACUAGUUCGAGUGGCUGCGCGAUCAGCGGGGACAGCCCCAGCAGGGGAGGUGGACCCUCUACGGCAACGCACUGCUUCGGCUCUCGCACCUCGGACGGGGCGGCCGCGCGCCCUGGGCCAAAGUGGCACUUGGGGGCUGGCUGCGACAGAGGUCUGGG